CCGCUGCCGCCGCCGCCGGUGGGCCCCCCUGAGCCGCCGCCAUGGGGAUCCUGGAGAAGAUCUCGGAGAUCGAGAAGGAGAUCGCUCGCACUCAGAAGAACAAGGCCACUGAAUAUCACCUGGGCCUGCUGAAAGCCAAACUCGCCAAGUACCGGGCACAGCUCCUGGAACCUUCCAAGUCGGCCUCAUCCAAAGGAGAAGGCUUUGAUGUGAUGAAGUCAGGCGACGCCCGGGUGGCGCUGAUUGGAUUUCCCUCUGUGGGUAAGUCCACCUUCCUGAGCUUAAUGACCUCCACCGCCAGCGAAGCUGCGUCCUAUGAAUUCACCACCCUGACAUGCAUCCCCGGAGUCAUUGAAUACAAAGGAGCCAACAUCCAGUUACUGGACCUCCCUGGAAUCAUCGAAGGAGCAGCCCAAGGGAAAGGCAGGGGCCGACAGGUGAUUGCCGUGGCUCGAACCGCUGACGUCGUCAUCAUGAUGUUAGAUGCCACCAAAGGAGAGGUGCAGAGGUCACUGCUGGAGAAGGAGCUGGAGUCGGUGGGCAUCCGCCUCAACAAGCAGAAGCCCAACAUCUACUUCAAGCCCAAGAAAGGCGGCGGCAUCUCCUUCAACUCGACAGUCACGCUGACCCAGUGCUCUGAGAAGCUGGUGCAGCUCAUCCUGCACGAGUACAAGAUCUUCAACGCGGAAGUGCUUUUCCGAGAGGACUGCUCCCCAGACGAGUUCAUCGAUGUGAUUGUGGGCAACCGCGUGUACAUGCCCUGCUUGUAUGUGUACAACAAAAUUGACCAGAUCUCCAUGGAGGAAGUAGACCGCCUGGCCCGAAAACCCAACAGUGUGGUCAUCAGCUGCGGAAUGAAGCUGAACCUGGACUACUUGCUGGAGAUGCUGUGGGAGUACUUGGCCCUGACCUGCAUCUACACCAAGAAGAGAGGACAGAGACCUGACUUCACAGACGCCAUCAUCCUCCGGAAAGGGGCUUCCGUGGAACACGUGGUGAGUGAGCGUGUGCCCUCCAGGCCGUGCAGGGCGCUGGCCACCGGUGCUCACCAGCUGAGCCUUGCUUCCCUCAGCUGGCCCUAGCUGGAACCCACUCUGGUGGCAUAGUAGCCAAGGGCCAGUGAUGGACCUGGCUGUCGCCUGAAGCCCUUUCCUGUAAGCAAGAGUAAAGCUGCCAACCUCAGGGGGUGGCUAGGAUGGCAUUAGGAUGAGAGAAAUCACAGAGCGCUCAGCUGAGCUAAGCAGCAGCGAGAGCAGACACUGGACCCAGGGGUGAGACGAGGCUGGUGGGGUACAGGGGACUUGGAGUCUUUGCUCUGGAGCCUGGACUUUGUCCCAAGAAAGCCUGGGUCUUCCAAUGGUCAUCUCCUCCCAGGUAGCCCCCUCCCACAGUCCCACCUGUGUCCCAGAGCACAAGCACAAGGCCUGUCCUGCUUUGGGUCCUUUCUAAAGCAUGGGUGCUGGCAGCAAGGGAUCCAGACCCCAGCUCCUCCACCCUAACUGUGCCUCAGCUUCCUCCUCUAUGGGUAGGCUGUGGGCACGCACCCAGUCCAGUGCUUGGCAGCUCGGUGGUGACCUUACCAGUGAGAAGGCAUGAAUGUAAGGGCAGCAGAGGAUGCUGCAGGGCUUGGCAAGGAUGAGCAUCACUGUGGACUGUCCCCAGAGAAGGAUGCACUCACUCUUGGUAUUGGAAAAUGGCCUUCUAGGGCGACCUCCCAGUCGCCCUGCAUUGCUGGAAAUGUUAAUCCUGGGGAGCGUGCAUCUGAGCAGAUUGGCCUGGUUUCAAGGGAACGCCGGCUCAGUGCUCGAAAGGAUUUAUGGCUUCCAGAGAGGCUGCAGACCCCUGCCACUCUGUGACCAUUGGCAGUAGGAGAUACAGAUGCACGCAUACAUAUUAUAUGGGUAUAUUAUAUGUGUGUGCCCAGGUAUGGAUAUACACACAGAUAAACAUACAUUAUAUUGGGCAAACAGAAUAGAAUCUCAGAUCCAUUUGCAGACUAAGAGCUGACUCGUGGCCCCGCGUUUUCAUUCAGUGAUGUAGGGCAGGUGAGUGCUAGACUUGGACUUGUGGGUCUCUGGGCUGGUACCGGUAGCAGUACCCCCUUCUCAGGACCAGGCACCCUUGGUCACCCGGCAGGGACCGAUCAGGGUGAUUGGCCACAUGUGCCCAGGGCAUUCUCUGUCCUGUGGCGGCUGGGCUGGUGCUCUCUCUCUGGCUCAGGGGGAUAUGUUGCCCAGGGCCUGUACGACUUGUGGGCCUGUGGCAGGGAACUUUCCACCCAGUCCGCUGCUCUCACCUAGCACCACGACAGCCGGAGGUCUUCAUUCUCCUGGGGCCUCUGAGGUUCCCCUGGGGUUCCUAGGACUUAGCCUUCUCCAAGGAAACUGUGGAGCGCCAGCUACCCUGUGGGGGGUUGGGGGGUGGGCUGGGAGAGGUGAGCAAGCAGGCAGAUGGCCAGUAAUAGCCAGGCUCCUGACCUCCCUC